UCUAGGCAGACCUCUCCACCCGCGCUAGAGUGGACAGUGAGUUCUCUGUGCUGGACACUGGGAAGGGCCUUUUCUUUGCCCAGGGCCUGCAGUCAGGCAGGCACUGAAAAAAGAGACUAUUUUCCACUGGAUCUUCCCUUCCAGACACUCCCUGCUGCCCUUCCAGGAAGGAGGCCCUGGGGUCCCCUCCCAGGCUCACAGAGAGACAGCUGUGCCCUGACGGUGGCAAAGGCCAAGAAGGAGAAAGCUGGGGAACACUGACAGCCCGCCUCCUGUCCAGGAGCCGCUACCCCUACCCCAGGCCUUCCUCCUGUGGAUACAUGGUUGUGCAGGACAGCACGGAUGCCGGGGAUGCCAGAGUGGGCGUGCAGCUAGAGCCCUUCCUGCACCAGGUCGGGGGGCACCUGAGCGUGAUGAAGUAUGACGAGCACACUGUGUGCAAGCCCCUCGUCUCCCGGGAGCAGAGGUUCUACGAAUCCCUGCCUCUGGCCAUGAAGCGGUUCACUCCUCAGUACAAAGGCACCAUCACGGUGCAUCUCCGAAAAGACAGCCGAGGCCAUCUCAGCCUGGUAGCGAACCCACUGAAGGAGAACCGGGGGCCCUUCAAGGUCUCCACGGAGUCGGCGGCAGUGGCAAUAUGGCAGACUCUCCAGCAGACCACCAGCGGCAGCGGUGGCGCCCACACCCUCGCCCAGUGGCAGCACACUCAGCUGGCACACUCAUUCAAGGAGAGCUCAGCCACGUCACUCCUGAGGUCAGAGUUCCACCUCAACGCCCACGUGUCCUCGCUGGUAGAAGAUGCUAACGGAAACCAGGCCGAGAGGAGGAGCUUUAACCCGUGGGGUCUGCAGUGCCACCUGGCCCACCUGACCCGCCUGUGCACUGAGUACCCGGAGAACCAGCUGCAUCGGUUUCUGUUGCUGGAAAACGUCGUGUCACAGUACAAGUACCCCUGUAUCCUUGACCUGAAGAUGGGGACCCGGCAGCACGGGGACGAUGUGUCCGAGGAGAAGAAGGCCCGUCACAUGAGGAAGUGUGCUCAGAGCACGUCGGCCUGCCUGGGCGUCCGCAUCUGCGGCAUGCAGGUUUAUCAAAUUGAUAAGAAGCACUUUCUCUGCAAAGACAAGUAUUAUGGAAGAAAACUCUCUGUUGAGGGGUUCAGACAAGCCCUCCAUCAGUUCCUGCAUGAUGGAACCCGCCUCCGGACAGAGCUCCUGGAACCCAUCCAGCGCCAGCUUCGGGCCCUCCUCUCGGUCAUUCGGAACCAGAGCUCGUACCGGUUCUACUCCAGCUCUCUCCUCAUCAUCUAUGAUGGGCAGGAGCUGCCAGAAAGGACCUCAGAGGGCCUGCAUCCUCCGGAGGCUCUGCAGCCGGACCACGGCAGCUCUUCUGGAAGCCUCUCCAAAGUUGACAUCCGGAUGAUCGACUUUGCUCACACAACAUACAAAGGCUCCUGGAAUGAGCAUACCACUUAUGAUGGACCAGAUCCAGGCUAUAUUUUUGGCCUGGAAAACCUCAUCCAGAUCCUGCAGGAUAUUCAAGAGGGAGAAUGAGGCUUGUUGGGCCUAUCCAGAUUUUUCUGGAGCGCAGAUAUCAAAAGGGACCUAUUGGCAGCCGGGGUACUCUAGACACUGUUAGAGGUCUUUGUAAUCAUUAUAUCCAUGUUCGAAAGCCAUACGUGGCAUAUUAAUGGCUGCUAAAGAAACCAGCUCUGGAGAUAAUUCCAUGUACUCUGGCAUCUUAUGCUAAUGUUGGUCGUCAGAGGCUGGACACGCAGUGUGAAAUGGCACCAUUUUAGAGUAUACUGGAAGGCUGCAGCUUGAGUGAGAAGCCAGCAUUACAGUGAGAUUCUGGAGAAUUCGCAUUUAAAAAUGCUUUUUGUUGUCAUGCUGAAGUCUUGGCAAGCUGUGAGGCAAAAAACUCUACUUGAAGAAGACUCGAAGAGGGCGUUCAUGAGUGUAUGGCUUGUCUGCUCGCAUGGGCUGCCCACUCCAAGGGCAGAUACAACAUUAUAAUGAAUGACUGUCUCUUACCUUCUUAAGAGGCAUUCUCUGUGGGGCAGGAAGAAGUGGAACAGAUCUGCCCAUCUCACCACCUUCCUGCCCAGGGUCUGAAUGGACAAGGUCAAUCCAGAUACAGCCCAGGCAAAUCAAGACCCCAGGUUCUCCAUUGUUUCCUGUGGAGGUAAGGGUCUCUUUCUAGACUUCCGGGUACCUAUUGGAAGUGAUGACUCUGCCAGAAUCUGGCCACAAAAUGGCUCUAACCAUGAAAUGCAGCUUCCAGGUGGGGGUGGAUUGCACAAAAGAAUGAGCCACUGAUGUUACAUUACACUCCCCGCUUUCUAUUUAUUUAUUUUGGGGGUGGGGUGGGGGAGUCAGAAGAGAGAAGCCUGGAGGGCCAAAGAAACCAGGCGCAAUGUUUACAAGACUGGUGGACAAGUGUAAAUACGGAACAAAGAGCAAACAGUUCUAAUUAAUUCCUUCUUCUGCAGUGUGGAAACCUAUUACAAUGCCCUUGAGUCGAGCACUAAGAUACGUUACCCAAUUAGGGAAAUAAAUUUGUUAAUAAAAUUGCUGAGGUCACCAGUGAUUAUUUGGUGCGCCUUAUUA